GAUUAGAUGGCAAAAUAUUGGUUGCUCAGUCCGGCUCGCAAUCUUCUCUUCAGAAAACGCCGGGCACAGUUUGAUACACACUUUUAAUUUUGAGUUUAAAGUCCCAGUUGAUUACAAUAUUUUAUUUUCAAAAUACGUUUGUUUUUUCGUAAUGUUCAAUAAUGCUGCAUAACUUUGUCCUUGUCCUUGUAUGAAAUAAUACGGGGAGCAGUAAAGAUUCCCUUGGGACUUAGAUAAAUCCAUUACACUUUCAACCUUACGGGAUUUUUUGUAACUUUCACUCGGAGAAAGCAAAAGAUGAUGGAUUUCGAUACGUGGCUAUCUGAACGACUCCGUGAAUUAAAGACGGACGAAGCCGUCUUCGGUCCAUACAUUACAAGCAUUUUAGAAGGGGAUGAGGAGCUGGACCAGAAAAUUGAGGACCUGGACGGCAUCCUAUCGGAAUUGGGGGCUACUCCAUCCGUCGAAUCUUUGACAUCUGCGCAAAUAAUUUCACGAUGGAAUGAACAUUUAGCUACUUCAAAGGAUAAAUCGAAGAAUGCAUCCACUGUGUUGGAGGGAGAUAACAAGACUGAGAGUGAGUCCCUAAUUGAGAAACAGCUCGAGCAGUUACUGCGCCAUUCUCCAGAAAGUGGGGGCGCGACCGGAAGUGGUAACGAGAAAGGAGUUGUCACUGAUUCUGCUCUCAGAGCUGCAAUACUUCAACAAUAUCAGGGUCUCACAGAUGAAAGUGAAUCGGAUGACGAUGGCGAAUCUCGCAAGAAAUCGACAAUGGACGGACUAGCUAAAAAUACAAAUGCUUCUAGCCUUCUAAGUGCUCAAAAGGAAAUGAAGGAGCAAGCCAAAGCUGAGGCUGCUAAGAAGCGUGAAAAGGAUAAAGAAGACCGGGCUCGGCAAAAGAAGUUGGCUGAAGAAAAAAAGGAAAAGGCCAAGAAGAAAACUGCCAAAGUGGAAAGAAAACGUUAGCACAACCUGAGAUUCUCAGACUUUCAGUAAAGCCUUACUUUCACCACCAAAAAUGCUCUUCCUAUAACUACUACUAAAAUAGGUAUAUGUAAGUUUAUAUCAAUCAGUCAUUGCACGUAAUAGAUAAUAAUACUUCCCUUUUUUGGUUCAUGUCUGAUUGUGAAAAAAGGCUUCUUGCAGAAGCAGCAAUUAUACAAUAUCAUGCUUGAAGAUAUUGUUUUAAAACUUGUAAAUAACUAUAUUUUUAUCAAAGUCGAUUUUUAAAUUAGAAGCAUUGCUUUCUAUAAUAAUAUGAAUGAGUAUGAAUGUGCGUUCUAAAAAUAAAUCUCGUAUGAUGGUGCUAAAUGUA